AUGCCCGGGGUGCGAUACCCGGACAGCUCCGCGGCCGGCAGCAAGCGGCCCUUUGCAGACGACGACAAUGCCGCCUACGCCCACCCGCCCAAGCGCACGCGCACCGUCCGUCACGCCCUCCACCACCGCCAGCAAUGGCACGCCGACCCGACCCUCGCGCCCCAGGACGAGGCCUUCUUCCAGAGCCAGCUGCUGCGCGCCAUCUCGAUCGCGCUGGCCGCCGCGGGCUUCGAGGGCGCGAAGCCCACGGCGCUGGAGGCGUUUCGCGCCCAGGUCGACGAGUACAUGCGCCACUUCCUCAGCGACGUCCGAACCUCGAUGCAGCACUCACGGCGCGCGACGCCCGUGCCACAAGACUUCAGCUACGCGCUCACGCACACGGGCUACAGCUCCUCAACACUAGAGCCGCAAACCUCGCUCCCAAUCCCCACCACGAUAACGCAGCCGCCGCUCCCGGCACCGCCGCCGCACGAGCCCGCGCCGCCAGACCUCGACGCCGUGCUCGGCCCCGCCCUCUCGGGCGCCGCGGACAAGGCCGCUCGCGAAUAUAUCCCUGCGCACUUGCCCGCCUUCCCCAGCAAGCACACCUGGCAGGCCACGCCCGUGUACAGCGCCCGCGAAACGGAUCCCCGCCGCAUCCGCGAGCGCGCGACCCAGGAGGGCGUCCUGGCCGAGCAGGCGCUGCGCAAGCUGAUGGCUGCGAACCGGGGCGGGGGGAGCCGUGCGAGUGGUGGGCGUGGCCGUUCCAGGGGCAGUGGGGGUGGUGUUGGGGCGGCGAAAGCCGGCGCCCGCGCUAUGUGGGAGGACGCUAUGCGCGAGGUGUUGCGCGAGGAGGGAAAAGGCGCCAAGGACUCGGCUGGGGAUUUGGUCAUGGGUGGGAUGGAUGGGUCGGCGGGGGUGGCGGAGCUGAGGAAGGAGCCUGCUGCUGAUGAUGAGGGCAGGAUUAAUGGCGGGCUGUUGGUCAAUUACGACAAGAAGUACUGGCGCAAGGGCACGCAGACGGCGGCAUGGUCAUGA